AUGAUCUUCAAUGCUGAUGAGGCCCACAACAUAGUUAAGGAGUGCAUAGAAAGUGUUCUAGGCAAGUCAGAUUACAAUCACAACAAAGUCAACCAGUGGACUGCGGCUAUAGUAGAACAGUCACUGACACAUCUGGUAAAACUUGGAAAAACAUAUAAGUACAUUGUAACGUGUGCAGUGAUGCAGAGGAGUGGAGCUGGUCUUCAUACAGCAAGCUCGUGCUUCUGGGAUACCACAACUGAUGGAACCUGUACAGUGAGAUGGGAAAACCGAACAAUGAACUGCAUUGUCAAUGUGUUUGCUGUUGCUAUUCUCCUGUAGCUGACUGGAAGAUAAAUAUAAGCAACACCAAAGCCUUUAAAAAAAAUACAAAACGUCCAAACACAU